AUGUCUUCUAUAGAUCUUGAUCCAUCAAUAAAACUUUGUCUUAAGUAUCUGCAUUCCAGCGCGCCUGAUUCAACUGAACAACUGAGAUUAACUUUAGACGAUGUUAUUCGACAAACUUAUGGUAGUUCAAAAACUCUUGGAAAUGUUUUACCAAAGAAGUACUUGGCUGAAGAGAAAAUGGAGGUGACAUCUAGAUCAAAGACCAAAAGCGAGAAAUCAAGUAGCUCAAGGGUUGUGCCUAUCCCACAACAAAGUCCACAACAGAUUCAAAUUCCAGAACGGGAGAAUGAUGACAGUUCUGUGAUGGAUGGUGAAUUGGCAUUUGAUCUCUUAGAGGAAGACCUUACCUGUGUAGUGUGUAGACAGAUUGCAGUUCAGGCUGGGAACCGUUUGGUAGAAUGUGAUGCUUGUCAUGCUCUUUAUCAUCAGGAUUGUCACAAGCCUGUUAUUAGUGAUAAUGAUAUGGGGUCCGGCUGGCAAUGUGCUUCGUGCCUUUCAUCUCAAGGAUUUGCUGUUGGAUAUUCUAGUAAAACUUCAUCUUCAUCAAAAUCACCUUCGCAUGCAUCUGAAUCCACUACACCUGUAAAGAUAUCUUCAAGUAGUUCUGCUUCUUCAUCACCUUCGAAGGUUGUCACACCUAAUAUUAAUAUAAUUUCUGCCGAUAAGAGGCUGCAGAUUAUGAAAAAGAAGGCUGCCAAACAACAUGAAAAAAAGAAAAGUUCUAAGUAA